GUCACCCCCAGAAAGUGAACACACUCGAUCAACUGCUUAGGAAAUAACAAACAACAAAAAACAAAAACAUGGCUGGCAAACCUGCAUUGGAAGAUCUCAGGAUUGUACUUGUUGGGAAAACUGGAGUUGGGAAGAGUGCAGCAGGAAACACCAUCUUAGGAAGAGAUGCUUUUAAAUCUGAGCUGACUUCUUCCUCAGUGACAGAAGUAUGUGAGAAAAAGAUGGGAGAGUUUGGUGGCCUUAAACUGGCUGUAAUUGAUACACCAGGACUGGGUGACACAAAACAAUCUGAAGAGCAGGUGAGGAGAGAGAUUGCUCGAUGCAUGUCCUUUGCUGCUCCUGGGCCACAUGUUUUUUUGGUUGUGCUCCAGCCAACCAGAUUCACAAAAGAAGAACAAAAAUCAGUGAAAAUCAUUCAGACAAUAUUUGGAAAAGAGGCAUCACGUUACACCAUGGUACUGUUUACCCAUGGAGAUGAGCUGAAGAAAAGACAUUCCUCCAUAGAAAAAUUAAUUAAUGAGAAUCCAGAUCUCCGCCGCUUCAUCAGUCAGUGUCACAGAAAUCAUCAUGUUUUUGACAAUGAUGACAGAGAUCCCUCUCAGCUUAAAGAGCUGCUGCUGAAGAUCAGUGCAAUGAUUCAACUAAAUGGAGGAGGCUUCUACACCAACGAAAUGUUCCAAGAGGCCGAGAGAGCCAUAAAACAAAAGAUUAAAGAACUUCUGGAAAAAUAUCCAGACAUGAAUCUUGAAGAAGCAAGAAGAAAGGCAGAGGAAGACAACUCCUUUAUUCAGGCUGUUCUAAAGGGUGUUGUUAUUGGAGCUACUGCUGGAGGUCUAGGUUUAGCUGCUGCUGGUGCAGCCGCUGCUGGAGUUGCUGCUGCUGGAGCUGCUGCUGGAGCGGCUGUUGGAGUUGGAGUUGGAGCUGCUUUUGGAGCUGCUGUUGCAGCUGCAUGUGCCGGGGUUCCCAAACAAGAUAUAUAUUUCAGAGUGAAAGAUGAAACAGGAUGCAACAUACAGUAA